CACUGGUACUUUGCGGACCACCCGUCUGAGUGUGUGCUCGGGGAUGUUAGUGAUGUGGCUCAGUUAAGUCUCUGGUGGGAAUCUCAUCCGCGAAGCAACGGCCGGAUCGCCAUCCACAGUCACAGGAAUCCCCGCGCGGACGCUUUUCUGGCCCAGUGAGAAUAGAGAGUGCCACCAAAUCACCCUCAUGAAAAUGGAUUGACACACUUCAACCACCAUGAAAACCCUAAAGUAAAUACUGGCCUCUGAGAUGCAGUCCACAGAUCCAGGAGGGGCCAGCGCCAAUCAACAGUCUGCAAACGCUCUGCCGCAUCCACAAUCGGCGGCCGCGGCCGCGGGUGGUGGAGGUGGCGGAAGCGGUCCUGGCGCCACGAACGGAGGAAUCUUCGGAACAGCAAAAUCAUGGGUGGAUCGCUGGCGUGGCUCGAGGCGUCUCGUCCUCAUCAUCGUGGCGAUUGCACUCCUCCUCGACAACAUGCUUCUCACCACAGUCGUUCCCAUCAUACCGGAAUUCCUCUAUGACAUCCGACACCCGGACGCACCUCUGGCUAGCCUGCCCAAGUUUCCGCCACCCACCACUCCAGCACCCCCGUGCGGACAGACGACGACGCCCUGGGAUGGCAUCCAGGAGACCACGCCGGGCUUCGACAAUGCCAGCUUCUACGCCGAGCUGGAGGAGCGCCACAAGGAGCUCGUCGGCGAAACGGUCGAAGUGGGUCUCAUGUUCGCCUCCAAGGCCUUCGUGCAGCUCCUGGCCAAUCCCUUUGUCGGCCCACUCACACACAAGAUAGGCUACAGUAUACCGAUGUUUGCAGGCUUCGUGAUCAUGUUCAUCUCAACAAUAAUUUUCGCCUUUGGCCGAUCGUACAGUGUUCUGUUUCUGGCUCGCGCGCUCCAAGGUAUCGGAUCGUCAUGCUCUUCCGUGUCCGGGAUGGGAAUGUUGGCUGAGCGAUACACCAACGACAAGGAGCGCGGCAACGCCAUGGGCAUCGCUCUGGGCGGUCUAGCUCUGGGUGUCCUGAUUGGGCCACCCUUUGGCGGCGUGAUGUACGAGUUUGUGGGCAAGUCAGCGCCCUUCAUCAUCCUGGCAGCUCUCGCACUCGGCGACGGCGUCCUGCAGCUCCUUAUGCUGCAGCCCUCAGUUGUCCUCCAGGAAUCCGAUCCGCCCUCCCUCAAAGCCCUCGUCUGCGAUCCUUACAUCCUCAUCGCUGCCGGUGCGAUCACCUUCGCCAACAUGGGCAUCGCCAUGCUGGAGCCGUCGCUGCCCAUCUGGAUGAUGGACAACAUGGGCGCCAGCAAGUGGGAGCAGGGAGUCACCUUUCUUCCCGCCUCCAUCAGCUACUUGAUCGGCACGAACGUCUUCGGGCCUCUUGGGCACAAGAUCGGUCGGUGGCGAGCGGCUCUGCUCGGUCUCAUGAUCAUCGGCCUCUGUCUCCUUUGCGUCCCGAUGGCGACUUCCAUCAACCACCUCAUUCUGCCGAACGCCGGCCUGGGCUUCGCCAUUGGCAUGGUGGACUCGUGCAUGAUGCCAGAGCUGGGCUACCUGGUCGACAUCCGGCACGCCGCAGUCUACGGAAGCGUCUACGCCCUGGGCGAUGUCGCCUUCUGCGUGGGAUUCGCUGUCGGCCCCGCUCUGAGCGGUACCCUGGUGAACACCAUCGGCUUCGAGUGGAUGCUGGUCGGAAUGGCGGUGAUUUGCUUCGCGUACGCGCCCCUGCUCACAUUCCUACGGGCGCCGCCGACUCGCGAGGAGAAGAAGUUGCUCAUCACGGGAGAUCGAUCGUCUGUUCGGUAUGUGACAUACCAGGACGAGGAUGACGAGGAAUAGAGCGCCGUGAAUGAUUCACCAACAACUCCUCUCAAGACCAACAACAACAAUAAUCAAAAUAUAUUGACCAAGGAUAACGCAAAACAAUAAAAUAUUACUCACUUGUUGAACUCAGCACAGAAUAAAGUUAGUGUUUAGGCAUUUUUGAGGCCUCGCAAUUAGAGGCGUAUAAAUUUCUUUUCUAGAUGAGAAAACAAUAAAUAUUCUCUGUGUGACAAUGAUAAGUAUAUUUGAACUCCUAAACCUGGUUAGCGCCUGCCGAUUGUACUACGCAAAUAUGCUAAAAGUUAUUAAGUGUAAUUGUGAAUGUUUUCCUCAUGAAACAUAAUAUCCUAUAAUAUUCAAAAUAUUUAAUAUUUACUCCCUGCGACUAAGCAAAGUCAAUCAUUUCGGGGGCAGAAAUGCCAAUCGAGGGAUUUUCUCACAACUUACAAAAGCAAAAAAAUAGCCAAGAACAUUUUGCAAGCCCAGAAAGACAGUGAAAAAGAGUGGAUUGACAUUAAUUUAUCGACUAUACUCAUUGCUUUCAUCUCUCAAAUGGCAUUUUUAUCCCUGAAAUGGCGCAAUUUGUUGCCAUGGACUUUCACCAGAAGCAAUAGAGGCGAACUCAUGCUUCGGGAGCAUGGCAAUAAAAUUUGCAUUCAAUUAGAAUGGAAAAAAGCACGGAAAAGAUCUGGAAACAAUCUUGAAGAACAUUGUUUGAGAAAUAUUCUAUAUAUAAAGUAUUUAUUAAAUGUUGAUGAUAAAAUUGUGGAAAAAGAAUACCAAAAAAAAAAAUUAUUGAGGAGCUUAAUAGGAAAUGCCAUUGUAUUUUAAAUGCUUCCUUCCAUGUGUGUAAAAAGGAGGCGACAAAAUGAAGAGAAUCUGACAUUGAAUGGGAAUUUACGAAGAAAAUAUGCAUUCUUAACAUACUUAUAAAUAUACAAAAUAUAUAGGAAUUCUACAAUUUACUCUCUUAGGAUUGAUAGACAAAUAAAAUUUUCUUUUAGACACUUUUGUUGGUACUUUGCAUAGGGAAAUUGACUGAUUUUAAACAGAAGUGGUGGGAAUUUGAAUGGCUGCAAAUUUCCACUGAUCUCUCGAGUUGGGAAAAAAGUGUUGAACGCCGAGAGAUUUUCUGUGUAAGAUUACCCAAUUUUAUGAUUGACGAGGAGUUCUUUUUGAAGCAAGAUUGAUCAAGAGUCGAUUGACUUCUUCAAAGGCCAUCUAAAAUACAUAUUUCACACUCAAAUCUAAAUGAAUUUAGUGUUAAAGUGUUAGAGUAAAAGUCAAAAAUGUCGCAAUACAUAUACAAAUGUACGGGUUUUUGGUAGUAUUACAAUAUAUUAUACUUAACAACUCUAUAUAUUUUACAAAAAAAAGAUAUUUAUCAAAGAGGAAAGAAAUCAAUGUCUAAAUCUCUAAAAUGAAUAAUAUUCUUGUGCUUGAAUGAUGAAUAACAAAUAAUCAAAUAGAUGAUAAUAUGAAUUUUACCCUUUUUGUGAGCGAACUUUUUGGAAGGACAAGUCAAGGUGAAGAAUAGUGGAAGAAGGUCACAAAGCAAAACCCCCAGAACUUAAUGUUGUACUGAUUAGAGACCAAAAAAAAAAGAAUAUUAUACCAAAGAUAUUGCUUAACAUUUUGCCAAUAGUAUCGCAUUAUAGCUUUAAAUUGUGUGUACUUAUUGUAGGAUCAAGACCAAGAAAAAAAAAACUUUUAACGGCAACAAUAAAUUAACCAAUAAAUGUUUUGAGAUUUGUAACUUUUAACUAUGACUAAGUGUAGAACCAAGAAACCAUUGUAAGAUAUGAUGAAAAGGAAAAUGACAUGUAUUUAUAGUAAUAAUGAAAAAUAUGUAUACUUAUGAUAUUUGCUGAGAAGAAAUCGUUCCCAAGAUGAAAGGCGGUGUGAAGAUAAGACAUCGAUUUAAAGUGUUACUCAAAAAAUACAAUAAUUACACAUCUUAGCACAUUAUUUCUCAUAUAUAAUUUCCCUGAAAUAUUCAUUGAGAAUUGCUGACUCAAUCAAAAGAAUUUGCGCUGUACAGAGGAUCAAAAAGAAUAUUAAAAAAAAAAACCAGAAUAAGCAUUGCAGCUGAGGAAGAUUGUACAUUUUGUAGGACGGAAUGCGGUCCGAGGGACCAAAAAAGAGAGCAAACGUAAAAAAUAGAUGUUGCAUCUAAUUUCUGUGAACAUCUUAUUUCCUUGUUUGUUUCUGUCAAGAAAGGAUUUUGGGACACUUCGUUCCGUCUUUAUUGUGAACUAGACAAUACAAUUUUAAUCACAAAACUAAAAACACUUUUCAGUCAUAAACAUGCAUAACCUUAUAUUCUAUACACUUUUGAUGAAGAGAAAAAAGCAUCAUAAGAUAUUCGAGAAGAGGCGAGAAGUUGAUAUUAGAGGCAUUAUAUACGUAAGAUAGUCCAUGUAGUGUUUAUUGCUCUCUUCUUGAUAGGCUGGUUCGGGGUCAAAUAAUGAACUUAUAUUAGGAUGCUUGAAGUAUUUUGCAUUUAUAGAACAAAUAAUUACAAUAACUUGUUGAAGAAGUAGCGAUGCUAGGAUAAUUCCAGUGUAGACUCUUAAAUUCCACGUCAGUGUUGAAAAGCUUAAUGAAGCAGAAAAAAAAUCAGUAGUUCUUGUCUAAAUGGAAAACUUACCACUAUAUAUUUGCAUAACUGUUAAGUAUGACUAAAAUAAAAAUCUUAUGAUUGAAGAGGAAAUGAAACUUCUUACAAAUCUUGACAAAUUCAGUGUUUUCUGUGACAAAAAUCUAACGUUUAUAAUAUUCUAUGAUAGCAAACAAUGUGAAAGUAUUCAUAUAUUGUAAUAGCAAUGUGUAUGUACAAUUUUAAAGAGGAGCACAAAUAAAGUUGUUGGUGAAAA